GAGACGCAAGAAGAAUAUACAGAUGACAAUGCGCCAAUUCCUAAGAACUCAUCUGUGAUUGUCAGAAGAAUUCCUAGUGGAGGCGUUAAGUCGGCAAGGAAGACACACCCUCUAAGUGGAACUGGACCAGUGAUGGGAACCACACAGGCAACCGGUGACUCUUCUGCAUCCAUUUCUCUGGCCCAGCUUACAGAGACUGCCAAUCUGGCUGAAGCCAAUGCUUCGGAGGAAGAUAAAAUCAAAGCGAUGUGGCAAUGUGGCCGAGAAUACGACCCAGUCAGUUCCGUGAAGAAACCUCUGGGUCCACCACCUCCAUCUUAUACCUGUUUUCGUUGUGGUGUCCCUGGUCAUCAUAUUAAGAGUUGCCCAACAAACGGGGAUAAGAACCUUGAAUCCGGCCGGAGAAUCAAGAGGAGCACUGGAAUUCCUACCAGUUUUCUGACUGAGGUGAAAGAUCCUAACACGAAGGGUGCCAUGCUCACCAACUCUGGAAAAUACGCAAUACCGACCCUAGAUGCAGAGGCCUAUGCGAUCGGGAAGAAAGAGAAGCCACCCUUCUUCCCUGAGAAACCGUCCUUGUCGUCGUCGUCAUCUUCGUUGUCGUCAUCAUCAUCUUCAUGGUAUUGGGCCUAA